CACGAGAGUGAAGAAGGAUUUCGCCCGAUCCGCUGUUGAGUCGUGCUACUGAAAAGUAAAGAGAGUAUUUUACCUUGCCGUUGAGUAAAAUACUUCGAACGUUCGAGGAGAUUUAAUAUUUCAAGUCUUCCUUAUCUAGAGAAAAAGAAAUUGAUUGAAUUUAGAGAAGCAUAAAGAAGAUAAUCAUCUGGCAAAUUGAGAGAAGGAUUGAACCUUGUUUCAUCCGUCAAACGUCGUCCGUUCUCCGGGUGAGAGAAAGAGUGAGAUUAUCUCCAGAGAGGUUAGGUGGUCUCGCUUGCUGAAGAGAACCUAACCUCACACUCGGGCGAGUAAAACCGUCUCACAGGCAGGAUGACGAUGCGCUAGGUGCAGCUCGAAGGGCCACGUCGAUCAACAUGCUUACCCGGAUCGCGAGGGGCGUGCUCGCGUCGAACGUCACCGCGUUGCUGAAGAAGCCGCCACCUCAUGGGCUUGGAAGCACGUCACCCUCGGCGGCCAUCCACACGAGCGAGCACCGUCGAGUUAACAAGAACAGGACCUCCGAGUCGACCGCACUCGUGCUGCACUCCUUCGAGAACGUCGAGAACAAGGGAAAGGAGACUUUUCUGGACAUCCUGCGUCAGUACAAGAACAACAACAUCAUAAGGCGCGGCCACGUGGAGUUCAUCAAGGUUGCGCUCAAGUAUAUGGAUGAGUUCGAGGUGAAUCGCGACCUGGCCGUGUACAAGGCCAUCCUGGACGUACUGCCCAAGAGCAAGUUCAUCCCGACCAACUACUUCCAGACGGUGUUCAUGCACUAUCCCAUGCAGCAGCGUGUGGCGGUCGAACUGCUCUGCAAGAUGGAGGACAACUGCGUCAUACCCGACGCGGAGAUGCAGCUGAUGCUGUUGAACAUCUUCGGCGUCCAGGGCCUGCCGUUGAAGAAGUUCUGGCGGAUGAUGUAUUGGAUGCCCAAGUUCGCCAAUCUGCACCCGUGGCCGUGUCCGAAGCCGAUACCCAAAGAUCCAGAAGUGCUCGCCAAGCUGGCGAUCGACAAGCUGUCCAGCGAAGACGUGACCACCGUGAUCACCGUGUACAAGACCAAGGACGUGGAGGACGCCACCGAGGACACGUGGAUCGUGUCCAGUAUAAGUGGUGCCCAGCAGCAGCUGCUGCAGAGCCAGCCCACUGACAAACCGAUCUACGUGGAAGGUCCGUACUCAGUCUGGGUAGCGAAUCAAUGUAUAGACUACUUUGUGCUGCGGGGGGAUGCCAGAAAGAGGGAGGAGGUCUACCAGGACCUGGAUGACGUUUCGGACAUCAGGAUACCGUUCUGGGACAAGCGAGAGGUCAUUCCGAAUCCCACCGUUCACGAGCAAGACGACGGCACGUACUUCGCGAUGUGCGCCACCGGCACGUCCAGCAAGGACUCCUUGUUGUCUUGGAUCCGCUGCUUGCAGAAGCAGAAUCCGAUCUUGGACAUAAUCCCAGUGGUCUUCAAGAUCUCGUCCUCCACUAGGAACCAGCUGUACCUUGAGAACAGCAUGCGCGAGCAGGAGAUCAUGCGGUCGUACGAAUACCCAUGAAGGUACGCGGAGGAAUGAUUAGAUAUUUACCGAAAGGCUCGGAAUGUGUAACACAACUGGUACACGAUAAUUCGACGCGCGUACGUAUAUUGUAGAUAGAUAAAGUCUUCUGUUGUACAUAAAAAUAUAGAGUUUUUACGGUUACACCGCAGCUCGAUCGCUGACGAUUCAUUUAUUGACGAUCUUGCGAUUCUCUAAUCGCGAUUACCGACAUCGUCUUCUCGACGAAGUGAGGACUGCUCGAGAGAAGGGCUGUUAAGGACACACACGGCGCAUAGAAAGUUUGUGUAAUUUAUUAACGUGCGACCACGCGUGUCACUUGGUACACCUCUCUCCGAUGAUAGGAAUUAAAAUGGUAACACACACAUAACCGCUGUCGAUGAAUCGUCACAUUGAUUUUCGCCGUACCUCUCUCUCCACACAUACACACACGCGCGCGCGCACGCACGUACACACACUCUCUCUCUCUUUCUCAAAUCUUCUUCCUCGUCCGUUUUCUAUAAAUACAUUGCGAUUAAAAAAAAAUAUAUAUGUUACAUCUGUACAAUCUCAUAUAUAUAAA